AUGGCGAAAAAGCGAGGCCUGCUGCUGCACGCCGCCAAAGCAGUCAAGCAGCAACAAAAAGCCGCCGCCGGGCAGAAACCCAACAAGGCCGCUCCUUCCGGCAGAGGUUCCGGUAGCCAGCCAGCAGGAAAGAAGCAAAAGAUUGACAGCAGCAAUGCCACCACCAAGACUCUUCCCUCCGCACAUGCACGACAGCAAAACCAAAAGCCCACCAUCCCCUUCUAUUCCUCCGACACGAUCCUGCUCGUGGGCGAAGCUGAUCUGUCCUUCGCCGCCUCGCUCAUAACCCACCACAAGUGCACCAACGUGACCGCCACCGUCCUCGAAAAGGACGCCGCCGAGCUCUCCUCCAAAUACCCACAUGUCUCAGCCAACAUAUCACUCUUCGAAUCCCCCGAGCACCCAGGCUGCCGGCUUCUGUACGGCAUCGAUGCGCGAAAAAUGGGCCCCUUUACCACCACUAGCAGCAGCACGCCCCGCACGGGGGGUACAAGUAGUCGUCCCGCACAGGGCGGCGGCGGCGGCGCCAUGAAGCGCAUCAUGUUCAACUUCCCGCACGUCGGGGGCAAGUCGACCGACGUCAACCGGCAGGUGCGGUACAACCAGGAGCUUCUGGUCGACUUUUUCCGGCGCGCGCAGCUGUCGCUUUCUCCCGACCGCGGGUCUUCCAUCAUCGUGACCCUGUUCGAAGGCGAGCCCUACACGCUGUGGAACGUCCGAGACCUGGCGCGCCACGCGGGGCUCGAGGUCGCCACCAGCUUCCGUUUCAGCGCCGACGCCUACCCGGGCUACGCCCAUGCCCGUACCUUGGGAGUGGUUAGGAACCGGAAAGGUGAAGUGGCCAAGGCUGCCUGGAAGGGCGAGCACAGGCCUGCGAGGAGCUACGUCUUUGUGCGAAAGGGCGAGGCGGAGGAUGCGUUGCGUGAGUUGAGGCCGGGGAUGGUGGAGGGAGGGAAGAGGAAGAGGAAACGCGGGAGGGGUGGGGAGGGGACGGGCAGUUCUAGUAGUAGUGAGGACGAGAGUGGGCAGGAGGAGUACGAAGAGCAGGCGGUGGGCGAUGAUCUUGAGGAAGGCUGGAGUGAUGAGGAUGGGGAUGGGGAUGAGAUCAAGGCGGAGGAAGCUGGCAGCGGCAGUGAGGAUGAGCUUAACGACGGCAAACAUCGGUCCAGUGAUGCGGACUGA